AUGUUUGCUAAGUGCAUUGACUCUGAAAAUGGUGCAACUGAUGAGGAACUUUCAGCAUCUGAAGGUGAAACAACUGAUUCUGCUGUUGAAGCCACUAGUUUCUUUGAACCGCAGGCUGAUGCUGACCAGAAUCAUGCAACGUCCAGUGCUAUCGACGUGGAAGGUGAAAGGAAAAAUUAUGUUACCAAUAAUGUACAAGAUAAGCCUUCAGUAGCUGACAAUAACCUUUCACCUGGGGUUGAGAUAGACGGUAGUGAAGAAUUAAGUUCCAUGGGGGAUGCUGAAAUUCCAACAGUGUUACUAGAGGGAUCAAGUGGUAUAGAACUCACUGAUUUAGGACAAAAGAGAAGACAGGCUGAGAAGGAAGGAUACCAGUCCAUCUUGCUAAAAUGGGAAAGGGAAAGAGAAGAGGAGGAGAAAAGGAAGAGCUACAAGAACCUGCCAAUGAUGUAUCAGGACCAGUUUAUUCAGUUGUUGAAAACCAUGUAUGGCAUGUUUGCGGAACGACCGAAUGAACAAAAACUUUAUGGUGCAUUAGCAAACGCUGGGUCUGUCCUUUUUGAGAUGGGUGAAGUUGGUAAACGGUUCUACAAGAGAGGUGGUGUCCAUAGCAAUGAACCUAGUAGUAGCAGUUCAACACCCGUGGUAGAAGAACCACCUAUGGGAGAUGAAAAGCAAACAACAGAGGAGGAAAAUAAGGUGGAGGUUAAAUUGGAUGAAAAGAUUGAUGCAACAGAGGAAUUAGAGAAAGGAGGUGACGAUGAAAAAGAGGAAAUAACAGCAAAUGAUAUAAAAGAUGAAGAUAAUAUUAAUAACACACUGAAUCCCAAUGUGGAUAAUAUAGAAAAUGAAAAUGUAGAACCUAGCAGUGUUAAUGCAGUACUGGAAGAAUUUCCUGCAUCUUGUGAGGAAAGUAUAAGCAAUAAUGAUGACAACGAAUCAGCCAAUCAGAGUGCUAAUAACAGGGAUGAUGAAAUUUUGAAGGAAAGCGAUGCAAGGGAAGGUCAGGAAUCACCUGAGGGUGAUGUAAAGAGGCCGACGUCUUUCCCCAAACCUGUUGGGAAGCUGGACACGGAAUGGGCUAUCACAUUUGAACAGUUUCUUGCUUCCAUGUUGAUGGAACCGGAAUUAGUCAACUAUUUUGAAGAAGCACCAGAUAUUUUACCAUUGAUGGAAGCAUAUAGAAGCAAGAAAGCGCUUCAGAGACAACUUAGUGAGAGUUUUUCUGGGUCAACAUAG